UUGCCUUUUCGAGUGCUCGUGAAAUUGGCAACUCACUAAAGCGGAAAACUUUUUAAAUGAUUUGUUGCUGUGGGUGGUGUUCGAAAUGGUGACGACGCGUGUUUAGAUGGCGAUUGGGGAUGAUCCACUUGUCGACUAGGAAAGAUUGAACAAUACAAUGAAUGAUACGGUGAUUGCUCGCUGUGACUCUAUAUUGAAUUGCGGGCGCUUAUGACCCUGGUGCUCGAUGGAAGUGCUAUAGCGGAAAGUGUAAUCGAAAGAAGUACAUACUUACCGGAAAAUUCAAAAGGGGUGGCAAGUGAUGAUAACGAAGUGGGAAAGUUUGUUCACAUAUAGCCUAUCUCGUGGAGUAAAUUGUUCGCUUUAGUACCCAUUUUGGUGUACGUAGGGUUUGUGAACUAACAUGGUCGAACAGAGUGUAUCCAGGAUAAAAUUAAAAUGAUAAAACGAUUGCUUCUGGCUGAUGUUGUUCAGAAAAGGACUAAAACGAAAUAUAACAUUGUUAAUCUAAUCUCAGGAACCAGCUGAGUAAACAAGUGCAAAAAGUGAAUGUCGAGAAUUGUAUUUCUAUGUUGGAUAAACCAGCCAUAGUUUAAGUUUGUUCGCGUGCUUCCUUACAUAUAACCUGCGCUAUAUCCUGAGAUACAGUAUAAGUAGAAUAAACAUAACAGUGAAGGUGGAUUACCGAAGAUUGAAUUAUGAUAAAUAUUGUUUUCUUUUUGGGAUUAUCGCGAAACUUGAACUGUCUAUUCCGAAGCUGGAUCGUUACGCUGUGCGUACUGCAAAGAAUGCCAUUACUGAAAACCGACACGAUAUCAUUCAAAGAUAACAGUGACAUGAUCUUUCGGACAGCAUUCUUCCUGUUAUCGCCCCACAUUCCGGGUGACAGGAACUCACUGCAAGGCAGUAGUAACGAGGGUAGUGAUAACCAAAAUAGUGUAUUCAGUGGUAGUGGUAGCAGUGGUAGUAGUGACAGCAGUGAAAUUGAUUCUUCUACGUUUGACUUCGACAGCGAAAGUGAAGAUUUGCUGAAAUACUACAAGACGCCAAUGCAAUUCGGGACGGAAAACUCCACAGCAGUGACUUCGCAAGUCGGUUCGACAGCACAUAUACCGUGCCGGAUCCACCAUAUAGGGGAAGGAGUAGUGUCGUGGAUCAGACGGAAAGACUAUCAUCUACUCACUGUUGGGCUGACAACCUACAGUAGCGACGAACGGUUCAGUGCCACACACUUGCAAAAUUCCGAGGAUUGGACGCUGCAGAUAAAAUUCGUACAGGACAGGGACGCCGGAUGGUACGAAUGCCAAGUCUCAACGCAUCCACCGACAUCCAUUUUUCUGGAGCUCCGAGUCAUAGAAGCCCGCGCAGAAAUAGUAGGCCCACAAGUUAAAUACUUGACACCAGAUUCGACAUUAAAAUUAAUAUGUCGUGUUGUUCAGAGUACUGAAGCCUCCGCGUUUAUUUUCUGGUACCACAAUAAUCGAAUGAUAAACUACGAUGGCGAUAGAGGAAUUAACGUUUCUGCUGAAGCAGAUUUCCAUUAUUCGGAGCUAACCAUCAAUCAUGCCACCAAAGAUCACUCGGGAAAUUACACGUGUGUUCCGAGUAAUUCACAGCCAGCGAGCGUAGUAGUGCACAUUUUCAAAGGAGAUCACCCGGCUGCCAUGUACCACGAACAUCGGAGUUCGUCAGUAAUACCAUACCGAGACAAGAGACAAGCAUUCAUGUUGGUGCUGUUCGUAGGAUUUUCAAUUUACUGUAAUACACUUCAUUGAAGAAUAACAAUCAUAACAAACUCGAACUUCGCCAAGUCUAGAACUGUUUUACAGGGUAGUAUUGCUCAGCUGUUUUAUGAAUGAUUGUUUUUUUUUUUGAAAAGUUUCGAGUGUCGAUUGGUUAUAGUAAUAUGAAAUGUUUGGUUGUUGUUAUUUAUGCUCAUUUUGGUAUGAUAGAAAAUGUCAAUGGACAGACUGUCCCUGAAAAAUAAUGCAAGGUAUAAGUUAGUUUUUGUUUUGGAAAUAUAUGUUUUAUACAAACUC